AUGCACCUCUCCGUCAAAUCCCUCAUUGCGACACCGCUGUUCUACGCGGCCGCGGUACUCGCUAGUCAAGUACCAGAUGAUGCUUCGAUUCCCGCCCACGAGGCCGCAAAGGCCAGCAACCAGUCUCUUCUCUGGGGCCCAUACAAGCCGAAUUUAUACUUUGGCGUUCGGCCUCGAAUCCCGAACAGUUUCUUCGCCGGUUUGAUGUGGGCGAAGGUGGACAACUAUGCUACAGCUCAAGAAAACUUUAGACACACAUGCGAACAAAAUGAAGGAAUGGCAGGGUAUGGCUGGGACGAGUACGACGUUCGAAAGGGCGGCCGCGAGACAAUCCACGACGCCGGAAACUCAAUAGAUCUUACAAUUGACUUCAUCAAGGUCCCCGGAGGACAACAUGGCGGCAGCUGGGCUGCCAGGGUGAAGGGUGUUCCUCGCGACGACGCCGCAGCUGAUCAGCCAACGACUGUUGUUUUCCACGCUGGAUUAGAGGGACUCGGCAGUUUGGCUGUGUCGACGGAGAGUGACGAUCCUCGUGGUAUAGAAGGUGAUGUUACAAUUAAGGGAUAUACGUCUGAGCUUGGUGAUUUUACGAUUGAUGUGACCACGGGACCGACGAGUAACGAGCAUCCUGAACAUGACCAUCCAUCGUAUGAGGAUAAGCCGUUGGAUCGGUCAUUGGUGACUAGUCUGGCUGUGAAACCGGAGCAUAUCUGGCAAACAAAGAUGCUCCUGUUCUCGCAGAUGAAGAAAGCGGUGGAUGAGGCUAUUGCGAAAUACGGCACUGAUAACCCGCCUCCACCGGCCCAGGUCUAUACAAUCGACAAUCAGCCUGGCGAGGGCAAUCUUCACCUGGUGCAAAAAGUCUUCACUGGUGCUUUUGAGUUUGAUAUCUUAUUCUCUUCCGGUUCUUCUCAGCGGCCUCUUACUUCUGAGGCACUUACUCGGGAGAUUGAAAGUGCUUCUGUCUCCUUCUCCGAGAGAUUUAAGAAGAUCCUUGCGCCCCAGGCGCCUUUCAAUUCUGAGGAGUACCUUGGCUUCUCCAAAUCUAUGCUCUCCAACCUCAUCGGCGGUAUUGGAUUCUUCCAUGGUACCGAUGUCGUAGACCGAUCGGCCGCACCCGAGUAUGAGGAGGAAAACGAAGGUUUCUGGGAGGAGACCGAAGAAGCUAGGGGGCGGGCACAACCUGUCCUUGAAGGGCCAAAGGACCUCUUUACUUGUGUUCCAUCUCGACCAUUCUUCCCUCGCGGUUUCCUUUGGGAUGAGGGAUUUCACUUGAUUCCGAUCCUUGAUUGGGAUCCAGAUCUUGCGCUUGAGAUUGUGAAGAGCUGGAUAAACCUCAUGGAUGAAGACGGCUGGAUUGCUCGGGAGCAGAUUCUAGGCGCUGAGGCACGCAGCAAAGUUCCGCCGGAGUUCACAGUCCAAUAUCCCCACUACGCUAAUCCUCCGACUCUCUUCAUGGUGCUCGAAGCUUUCAUUGACAAACUCGGAACCAAGGGAUCUGCUGAGAAAUAUGCAGCAGACAACCAAGGCCUACACUCGGUCUAUCUGACGCAAACAGAGCUGGGAGAGUCGUUUAUCCGUUCCAUAUACCCGCUGCUCAAAAAACAUUACUUCUGGUACAGGUCGACUCAAGGUGGCGACAUCAAGUCCUACGACCGUGAGGCGUUCUCCACAAAGGAAGCAUACCGCUGGCGUGGGCGCUCUGUUCAGCACAUCUUGACAUCUGGAUUGGAUGACUAUCCUCGUGCCCAACCGCCGCACCCCGGUGAGCUUCAUGUCGAUCUGAUUAGCUGGAUGGGAAUGAUGACCCGAGCUCUUCGCCGUAUUGCUGAAGUUCUUGGGGAGGCGGAAGAUGCCGAAGAGUUCAAGAAGUACGAGACCGCAAUCGAGCGGAACAUAGACGACCUUCACUGGGAUACGGAUGCUAAGACUUACUGCGAUGCCACAAUUGAUGACUAUGAAGAGUCUGUCCAUGUCUGCCAUAAGGGCUAUGUGUCCCUCAUGCCCUUCUUGACAGGCAUGGUGACACCAGAUAGUCCCCGCUUGGAGGCUAUUCUGGAUUUGAUUGAGGACCCAGAAGAGCUCUGGAGCGAUUACGGCAUUCGGAGUCUCAGUAAGCAGGAUGAGUUCUAUGGCACUGCUGAGAAUUACUGGAGGAGCCCUGUGUGGAUCAACAUCAACUACCUAGCGCUCAAGAAUCUCUACGAUACCGCACUCGCACCCGGUCCUCAGCAGGCCCGUGCACGGACAACAUAUUCUAAGCUACGAAAAAACCUGGUUGAGAACGUGUUCCGCGAGUGGAAGAAGACUGGGUUCGCCUGGGAACAGUACAACCCAGAAUCAGGCAAAGGGCAGCGCACGCAGCAUUUCACCGGCUGGACCAGUCUAGUCGUGAAGAUGAUGUCCAUGCCCGACUUUCCCGCCAGCGAGAGGAAGGGCCACGAUGAGCUAUAA